AUGGCUCAUCCUACUACAUUUCAUCUUCAAGCUGCAAAACAUGUGUUAAGAUAUAUCAAAGGCACCACUACAUUUGGUGUGUUUUAUCGCCAGGGAGGGAACCACCAACUUGUGGGAUAUUCUGAUAGUGAUUAUGCAGGAGAUGUCGAAGAUCGCAGGAGCACUUUAGGUUUUCUAUUUUUAUUAAGUUCAGGGGUUGUGUCUUGGUCCUCUCGCAAACAACCUAUUGUCAAGCUGUCUACGACUGAAGCAGAAUUUGUUACAGCAUUUGCUUGUGCAUGUCAGGCCGUAUGGUUGCGAAGGAUGAUGGAGCAGCUUGACCAAACUCAAAGUGGAGCUACCAUGAUAUAUUGUGAUAAUAGCUCAACAAUCAAGCUCUCUCGUAAUCCAGUUAUGCAUGAUCGAAGCAAACAUAUUGAUGUUCGAUUUCAUUUUCUCAGAGAUCUCACUUGA